CGGCCAUGACAUCUUUAGAUUUUCAUAAACUCUGCCUUUUGGCUUAUUGUCUUGUCUUAUUCAUACAACUUCUUUCACCGCCAAGUUGCUCUGCUUUUGCUUCUGUAACUUCUACCAUGGAAGCAGAAGCGCUUCUCAAAUGGAAAGCCACCUUUCAAAAUCAUACCCACCUGCAAAAUCUCACCUCGUGGGCUUACCUACCCGCUCAUGCAAAAGUAGCCCCAUGCUUCUGGACUGGUAUUUCAUGCAAUGUUGUUGGAAGUGUCAGUGUGAUAAACCUUACCAAUUUUGGGAUACAAGGUCCAAUCCCCAAAAGCUUGAAAACAUGCAAGAGCUUAGUUAGAGUUCAUCUUGAAGGGAACCAAUUCACAGGCAAUAUAUCAAAAGACUUUGGUGUUUAUCCAAAUCUUGAUUUCAUAGAUAUGAGUCACAAUAAGUUUCAUGGUAAAAUUUCACAAAAAUGGGGACAAUGCGCAAAAUUAGAAACCUUACUAAUUGCGGGAAACAACCUUACUGGCAACAUACCUCCCGAGAUUGUCAAUGCUGAUAAAAUCCAUAAACUCGACCUCUCUUCAAAUCACUUAGUUGCGGCCAUUCCGAAGGAGUUCAAGAGAAUGACUUCUUUGCAGAAGUUGAUGCUGAAUGGAAAUCAACUUUCAGGCUGUAUACCUUCGGAAUUUGGAUCACUCGUUGAUUUUGAAUAUCUCGACUUGUCAUCAAACAAAUUCAAUGGGUCAAUUCCGAGCACAUUCGGCAACUUUCUCAAACUGUACCAUCUGAAUUUGAGCAACAAUCAAUUUUCCCAAGGAAUUCCAUUGAAGUUGGAAAAGUUAGUUCAGUUGAACGACCUUGAUUUAAGUCACAACUCACUUGAAGGGAGCAUACCCGCUGAAAUCAGCAAUAUGGAGAGUCUACAGACGCUCAAUCUUUCUCACAACAAUCUUUCGGGUUUCAUACCAUCAAGUUUUGAAGGCAUGCAUGGCUUGUCAUAUGUGGAUGUAUCUUACAAUGAAUUGGAAGGUCCCCUUCCCAACAACAGAGCAUUUCGACAAGCUCUGCCAGAAGCUUUACAAGGGAACAAAGGAUUGUGUGGCAACGUUGAAGGUUUGCAAUCUUGCACAAUUGGCCCAAGAAAGGAACGCAAAUGGGUAUUUGGAAUUACAUUCUCCCUUUUAGCAGCAAUUUUACUUAUUUCUGCUUUCUUUACAAUUAAAGUCAUAGUGCAAAGAAAGAAGAAAAGUCUAGAAAAAGCAGAAAAAAACUUGCAUGAAGAAAUAUCGUUUUCAGUUUUAAAUUUUGAUGGAAAGUCAAUGUAUGAGGAAAUCAUAAGGGCGACAGAAAAAUUUGAUUCCACAUAUCGCAUCGCGAGUGGAGCACAAGGAAGUGUCUACAAAGCAAAUUUGCCGAGUGACAACAUAGUGGCUGUGAAAAAAAUACAUCAAUUCUGGGAUGGUGAGAAGAAUUUGGAGACGGCAUUCUUGAAUGAAAUAAGGACACUAACAGAGAUAAGACACCGGAAUAUUGUGAAGCUUUAUGGUUUCUGUUCACACCAUCAACACUCGUUCUUGGUGUAUGAGUUUGUUGAACGAGGUAGCUUGGCUACAAUUUUGAGCAAAGAUGAAGAAGCUAAAGAAGUAGGGUGGAGAAAAAGGGUUAAUAUUGUUGAUGAAGUAGCUCAUGCCUUGGCAUACAUGCACCACGAUUGCUUGCCAACAAUUGUGCACCGAGACAUAUCAACUAAGAAUAUUUUGUUGGAUUCUAAAUAUGAGGCCUCUGUUUCAGACUUUGGCACUGCUAAGUUUUUGAAUCCGGGCUCAACAACUUGGACUGCCAUUGCAGGCACAUAUGGGUAUGUCGCACCAGGUAAUAUGUUUUCUUCCUUUUAACCUUAUUAAUUGAGUGUUGUUUAUGAUUAAUUUUUUGGCGAAAUUUAUUUCUUUUCAACGUUAGGACGGAUUAAACAUACCAUGUUACAUGCUUUGAAUUUGAAAGAACAUUCACCUAACGUAUAAUUGAUACUUGGGUUUAUUGUAUGCUCUUAUAAGUCAGCACCCUCUUUCCUUAAAGCUAAAACAUAAAAUAAAAUAAAAAAGUAAAAAAUAAUAAUAAUAAAAAAUUGGAAAAAAAAAAUAAACCAAUUAUAAACAUGUGAACUAUAGUAACAUCUAAUUUAAUAAGUAAUACUAAUCGAGAUGUUAAUGAAUUACUAAAAACUAUCUAAUUAAAACAACAUGUAGUAAACAUGGAAACUGCUGUAAGAAAACAAAUACCAUGUAAGAUUUACCUCUUUUGCCAAAAAGUCAAUCUCUAAUACAUAACAAUGCUUGAACGGUUUUAGGGAAUAAACAACUACGAUAUUGAUCGAGCACUCUCACACCAAUACUAAAUACUGAUUCUGAGGUGACAGUAGAAACAAGAAUUGUUAAUACAUCACAACUACGAUAUUUAUGGUUUCUCUCAAGUCUUUCUUCAUCAAGAUAUUUACGUAAUUCAUAUUUUGUACUUAAAAUUGAGCCCCUUUUGUAACGUUUAUCGAAUAUCAAGAAUAAACAUAUCGAAGAGAGCCCAUUUCUUGUAUUCCUCCCAUCAUAUACCAAUAUACAAUAUAGAUGCAUACAAAAAGUAUAAAAACACCAACAAUGAGCAUUAAUUUGACCUCAAAAGUUUAGUUUGAC